AUGGACAUCGCAGGUGGUGAGGCCCAGGCCUUCCUUGUGAAUAGUAAUGACGCCCUGGAGUUUAAGUUAGUUCGACACCCAGAGGACUUGAAAGAUGAGGAAACAACGUUUAAGCCAGAUAUGUCACACCAGGUAUUUGGGGACAACGAAACCAUUUUUGGGUACAGAGAUUUGCAUGUCAAACUCUAUUACACAGCUGGGAGGCUUACAACAUACAUGAAUGUUGAUUACAAAGAGAAGGCAGAUCCUGAUAAAUUUGAGGGUGUUGAAGCUGAUGACAUCCCAAGAAUCUUAGCUGAGAAAUUGCAGCCAGGCUUCUUGUCUAACCUGGACACAUUUGUUGCUAGUCUGAGCAAGGAGUCAAAGUUUACUCCUUACGGCGAGUUGAUCAACUCAUUUAAAACUGGUAGAGAUGGGAAUGAGCCUUGCACUUAUGAGAUUUAUCUCUGUGAUACAUCCAACUCAGAAUUCAUUAAGUACCAUGAACGACUCCAAACCUUUAUUUUGUGGUACAUUGAUGGUUCAUCAUAUAUAGAUACUGAUGAUUCCAAUUGGAAGUUCUUUGUAUGCUAUGAAAAGUACAAAUUGGAUGGUAAAACUAUGUAUGCCAUUGCUGGAUAUGCUACUGUGUAUCAGUAUUAUGCGUAUCCUAAGAAUAUUCGUCCACGGAUCAGCCAGUUUUUGGUAUUGCCUCCCUUCCAAAGGCAAGGAAUUGGAGCAAAUUUGCUUCGCACAAUUUACAACAAUUUCAAAGGCCAGGAUAAAGUUCUGGAUAUAACAGUUGAAGACCCCUCUCAGGAUUUCCAGUAUUUAAGAGAUUAUGUUGAUUGUGAAAACAUGAUGAAGUUGGCCAGCUAUCAGACUAAACAGCUUAAAGAUGGGUUUUCAGAGGAAAUGGCUCAGGAAGCAAGAUCAAAGCUUAAAAUCAACAAGAGACAGGCAAGGCGUGUUUAUGAAAUUCUGAGGUUGAAAGCAACUAAUAGGAAAGAUAAAGAAGAUUAUAGGCAAUAUCGGCUAAAUAUCAAGAGACGUCUCAACACCCCUUUUCAGAGAGAAAAGAAGACAAUUCUAAAGCUAAAAUGUGCCCUUGAUGAAGAUGAAUUGAAGGCUACUGAACACCUUAAAAGCCAAGAGCAGCGGCUUGAAAACCUCGAUCGUCAAUAUAGAGAGCUAGAACAAGACUAUCAACAUGUUAUUGAACGUUUAGCCUCUAGCCUGUCAUGAGUCUUCCUUUCCCCCAAUUUUUACAAUCCUUUCUCCGUACUUAACCUGUAGUGUUCUCAGAAUUAUUUUUUUGGUCAGAAUAUCUGCUUUACUCAAUCAUUUAUUUCCUUACAUUAUCAUUCAUUGGUUUUAUUGAAGAAUGCCGCAUGUUGUUUUAAUAUCUAGUCUGCACAUAUUAAUUUGAGAUAUGGUUAUACUGAAAUAGCUAAUUUUAACCUUGUAAUUUCUUUUACCCACACAUUGAUUGAUGUAUUCUGUUGAAGUAAUAAAUAAAAAGAUGAAACUGAUAA